ACCGAGUAGAUCUAGCACAAAGCUGUCAACAGCAUAUAUACUUAGCGCUUUUCCAAACUUCCAGGUUGUUCUAAGCUUCUAGGCUGUUCCAAGCACUCUCUUGGGAACAAUGAAACGAUGGGGUUCAUGGGAAAAGAAACGGGAUAGUAAACCUAAAAGUACAGAGCUGGGGAGUUAUUUUAAAGGUGGCUGGCCCGAAAGACAUCUUGAAAUUUAUUUUCCGUCCCAGCAUACACCCCAUUUUCCCUGGAAAGCUUAUGAAUGGCAAGGAGAAGUUGAGGAUGAAGUGCCAGAAGUGGUCCAGACGUUAUGCCAUGUCACCCAUAAAAAGGAAUUUGAUAAGAUAUGUGAAUUGAAUCCUGGAUCAUACACUCUAAAAUUUAACAAGAAAAAAGGCAAAUCAGGAUAUGAAAAGAAUGAUGGAUCACCCCUUGGUUACACUUUUACGGCUGCUGAUGGUAUCAAGACACCACCAGACGAAAGAAGCGAGUACAAAUAUGUUGAUUCAAGUACAGAUCUUUUACCUGGUAGCUACUUGUGGUGGUCUAUCGAUAAUAGCAUUCAAAAUAAGCCACAUAGAUCUCAAUAUGGAAGUGUAGCAAUAUAUGGACGCAUUGAGCAUUUAUUUGAGCAUUACCAAAAAAGUCUCCCAAGAGAUCCUUUGACAGGGAAAUUACCUAAAAUUGAAUUAAGGAUUGGUGGGACACUGCGAUAUAAAUUUGAAAUAUGCUACGUUAUUAUUGUAUGUAAAGAAAAGGAGCCAAUGCUACCUUAUGACAAGUAUCCAGUGUGGCCAGAAGGAAGAAAGAUUCAUUUUGAUUUGAAAGAUGCAUUUUUAUUUAUUGAUCCAAUAAAAGUCAAAAAUAUAAAAAGGGCUAAACAUGAUGAUUCAUGGAGCCAUCAUGUCUUUGGCUUUCACUUUCCAGAUGACCAACACCACAUGAUUUGUCCCAAAAGUUGCUUCAAAGAAAAGGAAACAAUACAUGACAAUUACAUGUGUAUCAAGAAAAGACCCGAAGUACCAGGGGGUAAAUGGUUAUGCCCUGACAUAAUUACCAAUAAUUCUCAAAAGAAAAGAGAAAUGAGUAACAACUCACUUGAUGAUGAAAGAGAAAGUAAAAGGCAGCGUUGUGAUGAUGAAGAGAUGUAAUGUACUAUGUAUUUUUAUGCACCUACAAGAUAAUUUAUUUUUAUACUUACUAUUAUUUUUAUAAUAACUCACUGAACUAUAUUAUUAUAACUUUAAAAUUAACUAUCAUUGUCAUUGUCACUAUCCUGUGUGGUAAAAAGAUCAGUUGGUAA